AAGCGCCCCCUGGCGGAGAUGGGGCUGAGGGAGAGAGAAGACAUAUCUGACUACUUCUAAGAAAAGAUGAACAACUACCAGCUAAAACAAUUUAAGUUUUUUUAUACAUGUAAUACAUUGGUUUAUGUUUGAAACAUCUGCUGUAUCGGUCCACAAAGUCAGAGAAGAAAAGUAAACAGAGAAAGAAUGCAGAUUUUGUACGUGGCACGUUUACGUGGCGUGAACAAUGAGCGUUACCCGGAACUGCUACAUUUGGCAGAAACAUUUCGAGCUAGAUAGCUAUAAAGAAUAAUAGCUAAGUGCAGUUAGUUUUGCUCAAAAAUUAUUCAAAAAUAAAUAAAAUAGCUACAUUGAAGAGUACGAUAUGGGCAAUACACUUUCUAGAGAUGACAACGUGUCAACUGUAGCCAACAAUACUUUGUGAGGGAAGAUAGUUAGCCUAGCAGGCUAUCUAAUUUUGCUAACGUUACAGUAGCUACUACUAGAUGAUGUUUAGAUUUCUGCAAAAGUAAGAAGCAGAUUAGCUAGAUUGACAUUAGAUUGCAUAAACAACCGUGUUCAAUGUCGUAGUGGUUAAAUCGUAGAGUUAUUUAGCAGAACUGACCACAUGGCUGUUUAGACCUCUGUGCAGAUAGUUUUAGUUAUCUAUCAUUGCUGCGAAGUCGAUUCUUGUGAUCAAUGAUUGACAUUUUAGUCAUUUAAGUAUAAGAGCGACUUACAAUUCAUGAAUUUGUUUUAAGAUAGUUAGGUGAGACGACACAUCACGUUAAAUUUUCCCUCAACAAAGUAUUUAUCACCAAAGGCAGUGCUAGUGGGAAAAGAGAAGUACCAUUUGAUUUAUAGUUAUUUUUUAUACUUGGCGUUAUCUGUCUAGCAAUCAAGUUUGCCAACCUAUCCAUCUAGUCAGUUUCUGGAUUGAGACUAGUCUGUUUACCGCUCUAGCUACCACUUUCCAAUAGUCAGGCUAAUUGUUGCAUAGCAAAGCACAGCUGCAAUUAUGUCUAUGGACGACUUCACUUCGAUCAGCCUGCUGUCCCUGGCCAUGUUGGUGGGGUGUUAUGUGUCUGGAACCAUUCCUCUGGCUGUCAACUUCUCAGAGGAGAAGCUGAAGCUGGUGACGGUCCUGGGAGCAGGGCUGCUGUGUGGUACUGCCCUGGCUGUCAUCAUCCCCGAGGGGGUCCAUGCCCUGUAUGAGGAGGUCCUGGAGGGUGUGCACCACGCCCCUGGCCAGGUGGAGGGGGUGGGGGUGUCUGAGCCCAAGGAAGGUGUGGAUGCAGCUCUGGGGGUCAGUGGGGAGCACAGCCACAGCCACGAGCACCUCCAUGCCUACAUCGGGGUUUCUCUGGUCCUGGGGUUCGUUUUCAUGCUGCUGGUCGACCAGAUAGGAAGCGCCCACGUACACAGCAGUGCUGACGAUCCAGAGUCUGCGAGGGUUGCCAGCUCAAAGAUCACCACCACCUUGGGACUAGUGGUCCAUGCAGCAGCUGACGGCGUGGCUCUCGGAGCAGCGGCUUCAACUUCCCAGACCAGUGUUCAGCUCAUUGUCUUUGUGGCCAUCAUGCUUCACAAGGCCCCAGCAGCCUUUGGCCUGGUCUCUUUCCUGAUGCAUGCUGGUCUGGAGAGGAAUCGGAUCCGUAAACACCUGCUGGCCUUCGCCCUGGCAGCACCUGUCCUCGCCAUGGUUACCUUCGUAGGACUCAGCCAGAGCAGUAAAGAGGCACUGUCCAACGUGAACGCCACAGGCGUGGCCAUGCUGUUCUCUGCCGGGACCUUCCUGUAUGUUGCCACCGUACACGUUCUGCCUGAGGUGGGCGGGACCGGACACAGCCACUCCCCCACACCGGGGAAGGAAGCAGCGAAGGGACUGAGCAAGGUGGAGGUUGGGGCUCUGGUUCUGGGCUGUCUGCUACCGCUGGUGCUGUCUGUGGGACACCACCACUAGACACACACCGCUAGUAGACACAAAGGAGACCGAGGGGAGGAGAGGAAAGGAGGGAUGUAGUAAUGAGAGGAAGAGUGGGUUUAGAGGGAAAGCAGCCUAACGGACAUCUCUAUCACACAUCUCAAAUGUCUUAUGUACCUGUUCUGUUGAUGGACUUCUGAUUUGGUUGGAUUGCGGUUGUUGUGUCCUCGUUGCCGGGACAACGACCUGCGGGUGGAAUCGGAACCGCGCUGGACAACACAAAGGGAUGAUGAUGAUGUCAUAACCAUAGUAAUAAGGACCUCCCACUUGUUCAACACUCUAAAGGAAGUGCUAUCUGCUGAUACUGAUGACACAAGACUGCUACCAUGGUUUCUGCUUCUUUUAAGCAGACAUUUAUUUUUCUAUUUUGGGGGGGGGGGGGGGGGGGGUCUCUCUAGGUAGGCUUUACAUGAACUCAUGUUAAUGUACCUGCUUUUGUUCUGUUGCUGAGGACUGGGCUGUGAGAAAUGAAGGGAUAGUUGUGACAUCUUGCAGUAAAAGUAAAGGUUUUAAAUCAAGAGUGAUUUUUCACUCUCACUUUUCAGAGCAUUGUUUAUGUGCUACGAUGAGCUUGCACUCUGACACACGGUGUUCUUACUGUGAGAUUAAAUGUAGUCUAUAUUCAAAUUCUUGCUAGUGCAAUCAGUAACUAAUUAGAAGUUUACAUGUGAGUAGUUGCACUUCUAUGACUUGUGGCCUGAUCUAUAGGCUAUUUAUUUAUCUACCGUACUGUUAAAGGACAUUGGACAUUUGAGAGACAUGUUGUCUAUAAGACUGCUGUCCACAGACUCUAGCAAACCUGUUAACUGAGGCUUAUUAAAGGGGAAAUCCGCAGUUCAAACGAUAACCAAAGGAAUCCCCGCCACCUUGUUGGGUAAACAGCUUGAAGGAUGACUGUCUUGCUUCAGACUCACAAUGGAAGCCCCAGGACCAGCCUCUAAAUUAUACACCGUAAUGGAAGCCCUGGCCCCCAGGACCAGCCUCUAAAUUAUACACUGUAAUGGAAGCCCUGGUCCCAGGAUCAGCCUCUAAAUUAUACACUGUAAUGGAAGCCCCAGGACCAGCCUCUAAAUUAUACACCAUAAUGGAAGCCCCAGGACCAGCCUCUAAAUUAUACACCAUAAUGGAAGCCCCAGGACCAGCCUCUAAAUUAUACACCGUAAUGGAAGCCCUGGUCCCAGGAUCAGCCUCUAAAUUAUACACUGUAAUGGAAGCCCCAGGACCAGCCUCUAAAUUAUACACCAUAAUGGAAGCCCCAGGACCAGCCUCUAAAUUAUACACCAUAAUGGAAGCCCCAGGACCAGCCUCUAAAUUAUACACCGUAAUGGAAGCCCUGGUCCCAGGACCAGCCUCUAAAUUAUACACCGUAAUGGAAGCCCCAGGACCAGCCUCUAAAUUAUACACCGUAAUGGAAGCCCUGGCCCCCAGGACCAGCCUCUAAAUUAUACACUGUAAUGGAAGCCCUGGUCCCAGGACCAGUCUCUAAAUUAUACACCGUAAUGGAAGCCCCAGGACCAGCCUCUAAAUUAUACACCGUAAUGGAAGCCCCAGGACCAGCCUCUAAAUUAUACACCGUAAUGGAAGCCCUGGCCCCCAGGACCAGCCUCUAAAUUAUACACUGUAAUGGAAGCCCCAGGACCAGCCUCUAAAUUAUACACCGUAAUGGAAGCCCCAGGACCAGCGUCUAAAUUAUACACCGUAAUGGAAGCCCUGGCCCCAGGACCAGCCUCUAAAUUAUACACCGUAAUGGAAGCCCUGGUCCCAGGACCAGCCUCUAAAUUAUACACCGUAAUGGAAGCCCCAGGACCAGCCUCUAAAUUAUACACCGUAAUGGAAGCCCCAGGACCAGCCUCUAAAUUAUACACCGUAAUGGAAGCCCUGGUCCCAGGACUAGCCUCUAAAUUAUACACCGUAAUGGAAGCCCUGGCCCCAGGACCAGCCUCUAAAUUAUACACUGUAAUGGAAGCCCUGGCCCCCAGGACCAGCCUCUAAAUUAUACACUGUAAUGGAAGCCCUGGUCCCAGGACCAGCCUCUAAAUUAUACACGUAAUGGAAGCCCCAGGACCAGCCUCUAAAUUAUACACCGUAAUGGAAGCCCCAGGACCAGCCUCUAAAUUAUACACCGUAAUGGAAGCCCUGGCCCCCAGGACCAGCCUCUAAAUUAUACACUGUAAUGGAAGCCAUGGUCCCAGGACCAGCCUCUAAAUUAUACACCGUAAUGGAAGCCCCAGGACCAGUCUCUAAAUUAUACACCGUAAUGGAAGCCCUGGUCCCAGGACCAGCCUCUAAAUUAUACACCGUAAUGGAAGCCCCAGGACCAGCCUCUAAAUCAUACACCGUAAUGGAAGCCCCAGGACCAGCCUCUAAAUUAUACACCGUAAUGGAAGCCCUGGCCCCCAGGACCAGCCUCUAAAUUAUACACUGUAAUGGAAGCCCUGGUCCCAGGACCAGCCUCUAAAUUAUACACCGUAAUGGAAGCCCCAGGACCAGCCUCUAAAUUAUACACCGUAAUGGAAGCCCUGGUCCCAGGACUAGCCUCUAAAUUAUACACCGUAAUGGAAGCCCUGGUCCCAGGACCAGCCUCUAAAUUAUACACCGUAAUGGAAGCCCCAGGACCAGCCUCUAAAUCAUACACCGUAAUGGAAGCCCCAGGACCAGCCUCUAAAUUAUACACCGUAAUGGAAGCCCUGGCCCCCAGGACCAGCCUCUAAAUUAUACACUGUAAUGGAAGCCCUGGUCCCAGGACCAGCCUCUAAAUUAUACACCGUAAUGGAAGCCCCAGGACCAGCCUCUAAAUUAUACACCGUAAUGGAAGCCCCAGGACCAGCCUCUAAAUUAUACACCGUAAUGGAAGCCCUGGUCCCAGGACUAGCCUCUAAAUUAUACACCGUAAUGGAAGCCCUGGCCCCAGGACCAGCCUCUAAAUUAUACACUGUAAUGGAAGCCCUGGUCCCAGGACCAUCCUCUAAAUUAUACACCGUAAUGGAAGCCCCAGGACCAGCCUCUAAAUUAUACACCGUAAUGGAAGCCCCAGGACCAUCCUCUAAAUUAUACACCGUAAUGGAAGCCCUGGUCCCAGGACUAGCCUCUAAAUUAUACACCGUAAUGGAAGCCCUGGCCCCAGGACCAGCCUCUAAAUUAUACACUGUAAUGGAAGCCCUGGUCCCAGGACCAGCCUCUAUGCACCAUAAAAUCUAAACUUAUAUCAACCCAUGAAUUACCCUGCUUUCUUUUACGUUUGGUUUCAAAUGUGGUUCUCUUCAGACCUGUUUUCCUGAGUGAUUGCAGGAUAGCUACUGGUCUACUUGAUGGCAAGUAGACUGGGUACUGGUCUACCUGAUGACAAGUAGACUGGCGACUGGUCUAUUUGAUGGUGGUAGACUGGGGACUGGUCUACCUGAUGACAAGUAGACUGGGUACUGGUCUAUUUAAUGCUGGUAGACUGGUACUGGUCUAUUUGAUGGUGGUAGACUGGUACUGGUCUAUUUGAUGGUGGUAGACUGGUACUGGUCUAUUUAAUGGUGGUAGACUGGUACUGGUCUAUUUAAUGGUGGUAGACUGGUACUGGUCUAUUUGAUGGUGGUAGACUGGUACUGGUCUAUUUGAUGGUGGUAGACUGGGUACUGGUCUAUUUGAUGGUGGUAGACUAGUACUGGUCUAUUUAAUGGUGGUAGACUGGGUACUGGUCUAUUUGAUGGUGGUAGACUGGUACUGGUCUAUUUAAUGGUGGUAGACUGGUACUGGUCUAUUUGAUGGUGGUAGACUGGUACUGGUCUAUUUAAUGGUGGUAGACUGGUACUGGUCUAUUUGAUGGUGGUAGACUGGUACUGGUCUAUUUGAUGGUGGUAGACUGGGUGAUUUUAGGGUACAUGACAUUAGGCAUUGUUCCGUGAGUAGUCAGACCAAUAGAUGCAUUAUAAUGAACUCUGAACUGAGGGACCAGUAAUAUGGAGUGUAGACCAACAGACAGUCGCCGGUAGAUGUUCAGACUGAUGGCUUUGUCUGGAUCACCUCGUGUCUGUCUGUGAAGAGGGACUUAGUUAUUUGCAUUUGGGUCAAACAAAACAGCAGUUGUGACGUAAUGACUUUAGAUUUAUUUUUUUAUUUUUUUUCUGAUUUGCUUUUAAUUUAUCUUCUGUCCUUAUCAAUGUUAUAAAAUCUCAGCAAUAAGCAUGUUAAUUUUGUGAGCUCUGGUGUCCGUGUCUACCCACACAGAGUUAUCCAUUAUAUUGACCAGGUGGUUGAGUGGUCAUCUCUAACAAUUGAAAGAGAUGCCACUCAAUGCCCCUAUUCGAUCAAAUAAACCACACGUAGAAAAUAA